UGGCUCAUUGGCUAGUUGCGUUUUUACUUCAACCAAAGUCAUAUCACGCUCAUUUCAAUUUUCAGAUUUCAAAAGUCGUAAUUUUGUAUUUUAGGUGACGGUGUCACGGUUAUAAUAAAUUUUGUGAUUCAAUGAGGCUUUAUAGUUUUUCCGGCGAAUAAUCAGUAUAAUAUCUAUGAUCAUAUAAGAUAAACACGGGUCUUUGGGGCAAUCAACAAGAUGGCUCGCAUUUGGUCGCUUCGACAUUACUUCCUGUUGGCGUUUGCAGUGGUGUAUAUACAAGCAAAUGAAGAGGAUGGAAUCACAGUUGAGACAAUUGAAGAUGAUGUAUAUCAAACUCCUAACAUAGACCCUAAAAAGGUGUACUUGGCGGAACAUUUUGAUGAUGUAUCAGCUUUCAAUAAGAGAUGGGUUAAAUCAGAGGCCAAGAAACAGGGGGUGGAUGAGAAUAUUGCUAAAUAUGAUGGUAAAUGGGAGAUUCAAGCACCUUCCAGAAAAUUACUGAAGAAUGAUCUUGGCCUGGUCUUGACAACGGAGGCUAAGCAUGCAGCUAUCGCAACACUACUAGACAAGCCGUUUGAGUUUAUGGACCGGCCCUUGGUUGUGCAGUAUGAAGUUACAAUGCAGGAAGGGCAGAACUGUGGCGGCGCGUACAUAAAGCUGCUCUCGAAGGGCAUCAAGAGCAAAGCUGACCUGAAACAGUUCUACGACCAGACGCCGUACACCAUCAUGUUCGGGCCAGACAAGUGUGGCAACGACAACAAGCUGCACUUUAUAUUCAGACACAAGAACCCCAAGAACGGGACUAUUGAGGAGAAACAUGCGAAGAAACCCACGCUACGUCUAGAUGAUAUCUACAAAGAUAAAGAACCACAUCUGUAUACGCUCGUGGUUCGUCCGGACAACUCAUUCACAAUAUAUAUCGACAACAAAGAAGCCAACUCUGGCUCCUUGUUGGAGGACUUCACCCCAGCAGUCAACCCUCCAGAGGAGAUUGAUGAUCCCAAUGACAAAAAGCCGGAAGAUUGGGAUGAGAGGGAAAAGAUUGUGGACCCUACAGCUACCAAGCCCGAGGAUUGGGAUGAGACUGCACCAGCACAGAUUGUGGAUCCCAAUGCUGUCAAACCCGAAGGAUGGCUUGAUGAUGAACCAGAAAUGAUACCUGACCCUGAAGCAGUGAAGCCUUCGGACUGGGAGGACGAGAUGGACGGAGAGUGGGAGGCGCCGUUGAUAGAAAAUCCCAAGUGUAGCAGCGCCCCGGGCUGCGGGGAGUGGAAACCGCCCGUCAUUCCUAACCCCAACUACAAGGGCGUGUGGCGCGCGCCGCUGAUCACCAACCCCAACUACCGCGGCAAGUGGAGCCCGCGCCGUAUUGCCAACCCGGACUACUUCAAGGACGACCAUCCCUUCCGCAUGACGCCCAUUACAGCGGUCGGGUUCGAGCUGUGGUCCAUGUCUCCGGCGCUGCUGUUCGACAACCUGAUCGUUACGGACGACGAGAACUUGGCUGCCGCCUGGGCCGCGCAGACCUUCGCCCUCAAACGAGACAGGAUCUCCAGUCAAGCGGAGUCCCUGGUGGAGCGCGGGCUCAAGUUCGCGGGGGAGAACCCCUGGGUGUACGCCGUGGUUAUCAUCGUGUCCUUCAUCAUGGUGGGAGUCAUCGCCUACAUGUGUUGCGGCCCGAGGACCCCCGACGUCGACGCCGAGAUAAAGAAAACUGACGCGGUGGUCGAGGACGACCCGCACCAGUCUGAGGGCGAGCAGCCGGGGGAGGGAGAGGGACAGGCCGAAGAACAGGAGGAGCGGGAGGGGAAACGUGGCAAGAGUGAGCUGGAAGGAGCCGACAGCGAGACUGAACCCGCUGAGCCAAAACAAGUUGACACUGAAGGUGCAGGCGACGGUCAAAGGAAGCGAAAGCCGAGGAAAGAGUAACUUUAAUGAUGUGUAUAUGAUGUGUAUAGCUGACUGGUUGAUACUUGAACAUAGCAUUAUAUAUAGUAAUCUGUGCCAGUUUCAGUAACAAGCUAUAUGAAUUGUGUUGUCUGUGUGUAUCUCUGUUGUAUUGUUUACAUGAGUUUAAUAGCUAGUAUAUUGCGAGUUAAAGUGCACGUUACUAGUUACCAGUGGCAGGCUCCUUUGCACAGGAUGCCGACUAGAUUAUGGAUACCACAACGGCGCCUAUUUCUGCCGUGGAGCAGUAAUGUGUAAACAUUACUGUGUUUCGGUCUGUAGGGCGCCGUAGCUAGUGAUAUUACAGGGCAAAUGAGACUUAACAUCUUAUGUCUCAAGGAGACGUCCUGAGCGUCAUUGCACUGUAAUGGGCAGGGCGUAUCAAUUACUAUCAACUGAACGUCUUGCGUGUCUCGUCCCUUCUCGAGUUCUCUCGUAACUCAACAUAAACGAAUUGAUAGUACCUUAUAUUGCGUUUUAUAAUAAUAUACAUUUCAAUUUCAGUUGCUAAUCACAAAAGAUAAUUUUUUUUUAUCCUUUCUGACAAUCAGAAAUGUAUCCGGGACCAAAAUAUAAAUGUGCCUUUUCAAACCCAGGAACAGACACCCAUCAAGGUGUUGACCGCGCGUUGCUUUGCUUCACUUUACCCAUUAUUUUCUAUAAGAAUCAUAUACUAAGAUGAGUAAAAAAUUGCCAUUAGUUGCUAAGCUCAUGUAAACCAUGCAAUAAAGUGACAAGGAAUUAUGUAUGUAGUGUGGUCGUGGUCUUUUACCCCCUUAUUCAUAAUGGUCCGCUAACUUUAAACAGCCGCUAAGGAGUGUUUUUUCUCAUUCUGAUUUAGGUCAAUAGAAGAAGACAGAGUGAGAAUUAGCAAUGCUUUAAGUUAGCAGACUAUUAUGAAUAAGCGGGUAAGUUUUUACUUGCUAAACAGUUGUUUUAACUAAACAUGUUUAAUAAUAGGGGGAAAUAAUUUAUAAUGUCUCAAAAUUACUUCUUAACUAUCUAUUGUCUUAGUUUCGUUUCCAACAAUAUGAUAUUCUCAACAACCUUUUUUAUUUAUCUCUUAAGCAAAGUUAAAAUUAUAACUGGAGUUUAGUAUAAAUUUAUUUUUCGACAUUUAAAUUGGAUUGGGUUGAGUAAAAGUCUCCAUUUACCGUCCGUUGACACGGUUAUGACAGGUCACUAUUAAAAAAUAAUAAUUUUACCUUAGAUUAAGGAUUGGUCUCCGCUGCACUCCAACAAGAUACCGCAGGCGAAGUCGCAAAAUGCGGCAAGUAAUACUACGCCCAAGUGGGCGUGCUCGAGCCAGUCUCGAACUAUGUCUGACGUUGACGUGCCACAUGUUCUGUUUAAACUUUGCUAAUAAUUGAAACGAAAAUGCCGUUGUUGGUUGCGUAGUAAAACUUUGCUAAAAUAAUGCUACAAUAAAUAAGAAAGACACUGGGAUAUCAUCAGUAAGUAUUUUGUAUUUAUUAAUUUCAAUUUAAAAUAACACGAAGCGUAUGUUGCAAAAUUUGAAAAAUGCCAUUGAGUGUCAAGAUGCCACGCACACAAGCAUCUAAUAGUUGCCGUAAUAAAAAGCUUUUGCUGUUAGGUUAUGCGGUAUCUAGUUGGAGCGCAGCGGAGACCAAUCCUUAAUCUAACAAUUUUACUUUGUUCGUAAAUUGUGUUUGUAAGUCGUGUGUAAUAAUCAGUAGUUGGUAUCUCCUAGCGUGUGAGAACUGUGGCGUGGGCUAUUAAGUGCUUUGUACAUCAUCGAGAUGUUUUAAAUUUAUCUGUUUGGUUAGUGGAAAUCUAGUGUAUUUAAAUAUCAUGAUCAACGGGCAGACUGGCUUGCUAUUAUGUUUAACGUAAGAAAUUGACGGUAAAUUUAUAAAACACGGUUAUUGGCUUAUGUAAGACUUUCGAUGGUAGGUAUACUUAUGUACCAAUAUUGUGUACGAAGAUGUGUUCCGACGAUUAACUCUGUUAUCGUAUUAACUGUGUUACCAACAGGUUGCAAGUCAGAUGCCUAAAAUAAUUUUGAGCAAAUAUUUAUUUUGUUUUAUAAAUAAAAGAAAAAAUUGAAUACACUUUUCUUUUUCCAGGUAUAGUGGGUAUUAUUUUUAUUAGCUUCACCUGUAUUUAUGUUUGUUUGUAACCGACUCAUUUGGGCGCGAUUUUGACCCACUUUAAACGGCCAGAUUUCUUUCAAAACUUUGUAGAUUUAUCGAGGUCCGAUGACACUACAUUAAUUUGAUAAUAUUAUUCCAUUUUUCAAUUUGCAAAAUAAGAUUUUGUUAAUUUGUAUAUUUUUUCUUUUAUCGUCGAUAAGGCAGGAAUUGAUCUUCAUUUUAAAUUUCUACCAAAGCGUGUUUGUAAUUAAAUUCGUAUCAAUCUUAUGGAAUGCUAAUAUUAUUUUCAGUGAAAUUUGUAAUAAUGUAUAAUUUAAAUUACCUAGUCCAUGUAAUUAAAAAAAAUUAACAAUGAUAAUAGUGAUAUAUUUUGUUCAAUGUUCAUAUUUGCAUAAUUUAAGAUUAUUUUUUUUUUACACUUUAACUACUGGAUGGCGAUAAUGAUAUUGUAAGCAGGCCGUUAUGCCUGCAUUUUCCUUAGUUUAAUUAUUGUUAUUUAAUUCCAAUAAAGAGGUAUUAUUUUAUUCAUAUGUGUUAUUUCAAAGAUUUAAUAAGUUCGAUUUUUAUUAAUCUGUUAUUUUUAAUGAACCGCUUGUAUUUAAGAAAAUUUACUUUUCGUGAAAAUAUUUAGUACACUAGGCAUAUUAAAUUCUAUCUUUAGAUAUGUAUAAUACUAUGUACUUGUGUGGUGUACAAGAUAAUGGACUGUAAUUUACAAUAAUAAAUAAUAAAUUAUU